AUGAGUGAAUCUAGUAUCAGUAGCGUUACAAGUUCGUCACCGAGAAUGUUUUCAGGAGUGGACACGGCAUCUGGAUCUGGUCACAGAUGUCGUACACCUAGUACUAUAGCCUACACCCACAGCUCUGCAAUGGAAGACAAUGAUGAAGAUUGCCCUUCUGUCAACUCAUUUCGCCGACAUGAUACUAAUCUGGAUAUUGAUUCGAAUUCUGAUUCGUCAGAAAUCAAAUCUUGUUCAGGUCUCACAGAACCUGAUGCACUGAAGACAGAUGACUUCCGGUCCUAUUCAUUGUCUUCGCUAUCUUCUAUUAAUGAUGAACUAGCUAACUUUUCUGAUGAAAAUGAAAAUUUGUGCCAGUCAGAUUUUUCUCCUUCAACUGUCCUUCAUCAGUUUACAAGCCGUUUAAGCAAAAUAUUACGACGUGUUGAAGAACUUGAUUUACUUCAGUUAGCAGCUGUUGUUCAAAACAAACUUGGUACUGCAUACAAGAAAAGCUCUUCAGAUCAAGAUGACAGCGAUGAUUCAACUGCACAGAAUAAUGUCUCAUCCACCUUACCUGCCUCUGCUCGGAUUACUAAGCAAGAAGUCUUAUCGUUGUGCUCAGAUUCGGCGAAAAUUCGUUCAGCUGGGUCAAUGUCAACUAUACCAACAGGACGUUUAGUUAGGUUUCUGACAUUACUUUUGGUAAAUAUGCAAGAGGCUGCUUCAGUAUCUCCAAAUAUUUCGAGCCUUGUCGAUGCGUAUCGUAAUGCCAAGAAACGUUACAGGCAUCAUCGAGAACAAACGACAGCUGUUAGUAAAUCUUUUCAGAAUGCUUAUUUUACGGAGACAAUCUUAUGGUCUGAUUCAGAGUGGAUGUCAUCACUUAUUGGUUUAGAUUGUGCCCGUACAGCUUUAAAUAUUAUUGUUGGACCAGAUAUGCCACGACCUUUACUUAUGGAGGAUUUAAUUGAAGGCAUUGUAUCUGUUGUACGCCACCAGUUGGAUUGCCUCAUUCAUAAUAUUAUUAGAGUUACUUCCCGUACACCACGGUGCCAUGGUUUAUCUAUGUCGUCAGGUUUUUCAGCACUAGGUUAUGUUGGUUAUCGAAUAACACAAAUUAUUAUGCUACUGGUGAAUCUUAUGCGACUGCAACCCAAUCGUUCACAGACAAUUUAG